GUCACGUGUCGGCACCGGGCUGGGGCCCGCGCGGGGAUGCCUACGCGCCUGCGCACCGCGGGCGACCGAGCGGAGCCUGCCCCGCGGAGCGGGCGGUGGGUCCCGCGGCCACAGCCGCGUCUUCUGGAGGCUCCGCCACCAGCCGGAGCUCGGGCCCGAGUCCGGGCCCCCGGGACAUGGCCUCCCGGAGGGCGCAGGGCGACGGCCUCACUUCCAGCCGCUGGGACGGCAACACGGAGAAGGCAGACUUUAAUGCCAAAAGGAAAAAGAAAGUGGCAGAGAUACACCAGGCUCUGAACAGCGAUCCCACGGAUGUGGCUGCCCUUAGACGCAUGGCGAUCAGCGAAGGAGGGCUCCUGACCGAUGAGAUCCGGCAGAAAGUGUGGCCCAAGCUCCUGGAUGUCGAUGCCAGUGACCCACCUCCAACGGCAGCAGGGAAGGACCUGCGACAGAGCAAGGACUACCAGCAAGUGCUGCUGGAUGUCAGGCGGUCCCUGCGGCGGUUCCCUCCUGGCAUGCCGGAGGAGCAGAGAGCGGGGCUCCAGGAGGACCUGAUUGACAUCAUCCUCCUCAUCUUGGAGCGCAACCCUCAGCUGCACUACUACCAGGGCUACCAUGACAUCGUGGUCACAUUUCUGCUGGUGGUAGGCAAGAGGCUGGCAACUUCCCUGGUAGAAAAGCUGUCUACUCACCACCUCAGGGAUUUCAUGGACCCAACAAUGGACAACACCAAGCAUAUAUUAAACUAUCUGAUGCCCAUCAUUGACCAGGUGAAUCCAGAACUCCAUGACUUCAUGCAGAGAGCCGAGGUGGGGACCAUCUUUGCCCUCAGCUGGCUCAUCACCUGGUUUGGCCAUGUCCUGUCUGACUUCAGGCACGUUGUGCGGUUAUACGACUUCUUCCUGGCCUGCCACCCCCUGAUGCCCAUUUACUUUGCAGCUGUGAUUGUGUUGUACCGAGAGCAGGAAGUCCAGGAUUGCGACUGCGACAUGGCGUCGGUUCACCACCUGUUGUCUCAGAUCCCGCAGGACCUGCCCUAUGAGACGCUCAUCAGUAGAGCUGGCGACCUGUUUGUUCAGUUUCCCUCCUCCAAACUUGCUGAGAAGGCAGCUGCCCAACAGCAAUCCGUGAAAACGGCAGCCUCCACCUUCAAAGACUUUGAGCUGGCGUCGGCUCAGCAGAGGCCUGACAUGGUACUGCGGCAGCGGUUUCGGGGACUUCUGCAGCCUGAGGAGCGAACAAAAGAUGUCCUGACCAAACCAAGGACCAACCGCUUUGUGAAACUGGCAGUGAUGGGCUUGACAGUGGCACUUGGGGCGGCCGCUCUGGCUGUGGUGAAAAGCGCCCUGGAGUGGGCUCCUAAGUUUCAGCUGCAGCUGUUCCCCUGAACGCCAGAGAAGACACUGCCUCUGACGUUACGUUAAGGUCUUGUCCUUCUGUGGAAGGAUGGGGAGGGGUGGGAUGUCCUUUAUUAAAAGGGUUUCUGUCAAGGGUUUUCUGUUCCUGCCACCCUGCCCUGCCCGUCCACAGUUCGCCUUUGCUUCAGAGGCCAGUAGCAGCGCCUGCCUGACACUGGGCCCUGGGGGGCCUGGGCAGCGAACUCCUGUUCCCUUAUGGGGGCUUCUGAAUGAGCUCACCGUACCUCCUCUUGUGUUGGAGGAAAUGAAGUUUUUUAGCUCCCCGAUGCCUUUGGAACCCACUGGGCCUGGUUACUGGGGACCCUCCGGGCUGCCCAGUAGUAAGUAAGCUGGACCGCUGAAUGCCCGCCUCACAGCUUCUCCUGUUCUGUCUGCUUCAGCCGGACAAGGAAGGAGGGAGCUUCUGCUGAAGAAGGCUGGCCCGGGAAUAAGACUGGCCCCUGUAAGAGCAGCCC